AUGCAUUCUUGGUACUUAUUGCUGUUAAUAGUAUGUUUUACAAAAUACGUUAUAGGCAGGCCCCAAGAAGCGGAAUAUGCUAAUGAUAGUGAUGUUGAGGAAACAGACGAAGAAGAAGACUCCGCAGCAGAUGCAUACUCAGCUGACGAGGAGGAUUCUCGUCCGAACGACCAAGAACCGGCUGUUCAAGAAGAUGAGGUACCACGAAGUCGACAUUUACUAGACUUAACGGAGAGCAGAUAUUUGCAAAGCAACUUACCUGGCGAUCGCAUAGCUCGCGUCAAGGCUACUGACACCGUUCUGGACAAUAGGGGUGAAAGGAACCGAGAGCUGCACGAAGAGGCAAAUUUUGACGAGCAGCGUAAAUCAUAUCCAAAACGUCGUCAAUUAAACAGAUAUAAUGACGCUAGUGAUGAACAACAAGAAAUACAACAACAUUUGACUAACCAUGAUGUCAGCAAAUCCAGCCAUAUGCAGCCUGAAGAUGAGAUCCAAGCUAAUAAACGUACCAUAGAAUUUGAAACGACUGCUAAUGAGGAAGAAGGAGAUAUGAUAUUCGCCAGGAACAGGGACCAAGUAAGCUAUAUUAAUAAAAAUGAAAAUACUGGCAAUGACGCUCCAGAUUCAGAACAACCAAGAUAUAUUAAACAAUACUAUAACACAAUGCAAGCGGAGAAUAAAGAUAUGAUAGCUGACAAAGCUCAGGAUGGAGCGCACUUCAAAUUAAGAGAUAGGCGUGAAAUCAAAGAAGCUAAUCAAUCAGAUAAUUCUAAUUUACCAAGUACCGAAAAUAAGGAAAGCAAUGAUAAACAGGACAGUGAAGAUGAAGAAUCCGCUAUCAAACGACAUAUAAGAAAAUUGUCUAAGACUGAAUUAGAUCAGCUUUUAAGUUCCUUGACAGAAGAGAAAAGAGAGCUGUUAAAGAAAAUAAUUGAUGAGACUGAUUCUGGUGAUAAUGGGUAUAUUAAUAAAAGGGAAAUAACGAAAAAAGCUGGAGCUGUUGAAGAAAAUAAUUAUAUAGAAAAUUGUCAGUCAGAUUUAAGUAAAGUGCAAGGUGGUAGUCCAUCUCUAGAAACUAAGACUGAAAUUUCUUUAUCCCAAACUACAGAGACAGAAAGUAGUAAGCCGGAAUCAGGAUCUGAUAGCUCUGAAACGACUCAAAAAAUUGCAGACUUGAAUUUAGCCCCUAAUCAAAAUGACGAUGGUGUUCAGAAAACACCUGAUGGUAGUUUAAAUACAUUUUCUUUGAAUAUAGACUCCAAAGAUUCCGCUGACAUUUUAAGUAAUGUUCAAGUAACAUCUAAAACGGAAAAUAAAAGGGAAACUAAUUUGGAAGAUUUAGAAGAGGGUGACGAUUCUGCGGAAAAUAAUAACAUAUCAGGCCAAGAUUAUUCAAAUAAUCAAGGAUAUUUUUGCUCUCAAGAUGAAUCCAAUGUGGAUGAUGAUCAACCUCAUUUAGAUAAACAUUAUAAACGCGAAACGUACUAUGACAAACAAUCAGAUUUUUCUGACUCCAUGAAAUCUCUUGAAGAAUCUUUUCCUAACUCCAAUGCGUAUGAGCAAGAUUCAGGUUCUUACUCGGGACCUUUGGUCAGAGUAAAAAGGAAAAACUAUGACCAAAUUGUGAAAAAGAGAGCGGCUCGACUUCUGCCUGAUGCUAAAGUUGCUUAUUUUCCAUACAAGGCAGAAAAUGAAGACGAAGAUAAUGAAGAAGGCAAUGAAUUCGAUGAUGAAGGCUUUUAUGAUCGUACUUCUAAUUUCGUCAACAGCAAUAAAGCUGUAGAAGAAGAAACAGCUGACAAGGUUGAAAAUUCUAUUCAGCCAAAAAGUGGUAGCGCUGACAACUCCAAGUCAUCAAACGAGAAUAUAGAGAGUGAUACGAGAAGUCUCGGAUCAGAUACGGACAGCGUAUUAUCUGGCGUGGAGGGCGUCGAUGACAACCUCAUGUAUAAUAGUGGAACUAGAAAUAAACGUACUGCAGAUGAAAAUUCUAGUGACGCAACGCAAACUGAGGCAGAAAGUUCAACUUCGGUGAUGCAAGACGAAGUUAAAUCACCAUCAGAAAACUUCAUUAAUGUUCCGCAUUACCAAGAAAAUGAUGCUUUUGGUCCCCUUCCAAGAAGCUAUGACGGCGAUUUAACCAGAUACAAAAGAAUAAGACGUGUAAAACAGUUACACAAUGCACAAGAUAUAAAUUCUAAUAUUUAA